GUGUACUUUCAUUGGUUUAGUAAGCUUCAGUUACAUAAACCGUUUUUAAGCUGUUCCCCCGGUCAGAAGCAGGGGCUUCAAGAUUGGUACUUCUCGACUCAUUGGCAGAUUUUGGGACCAAGAUACGUCGGUAUCUCCGUUUGAAGUAUUAUACAAGCGCAAAGAUGGCGGCUUCCUUGCUUAGAACGGGGCGACUUGGCUCUCUCAAGUGCUUGCAGGUGGAGAGCUGGAACACGUUGAGGAGAGCCCCUUCAGCUGCCCUAUGUACGAAAACGGGUGGUCCCAAGCAGCCCAAGAAGAACAGCCCACAAAAAAAGUCAAAGAGCAAAACGUACUUCGAUAUAGAGAAGCUUGUCCCACACAGAACAUAUGUGGAAUUUCCCAAGAAAGCCACGAAGCCAGCUGUAGUUGCUGCUGCUGCAGAACUUGCAGCCACCCCUAAGCUUGUUGCUGAAGCUGUUGCAGCAGGGCCAGUUGUGGCAGCCAGUGCAGCUGAAGCUCUUGCAGCCCCUGCUGCAAUUGAAGCCACUCCGGUUGCCAAAGUUGCACCCAUUUUGGAAGCUGCUGCCCCUGCAGAAGCCACUGCUCCAGUACCCAAAGCCACACCUGCGGUGGUAGCGGAGACCUUCCCAGUGGUUGAAGCUGUUGCAGCUGAAGCUUCCCCUGCCACUGAAGCCACUGCCCCUGCUGCAGCCCAAGCUGGUCCUGUUAUCGAAGCCUCCCCGGCCGCCGAAGCCCCUGUCGAAGCCUCCCCGGCCGCCGAAGCCCCUGUCGAAGCCUCCCCGGCCGCCGAAGCCCCUGUCGAAGCCUCCCCGGCCGCCGAAGCCCCUGUCGAAGCCUCCCCGGCCGCCGAAGCCCCUGUCGAAGCCUCCCCGGCCGCCGAAGCCCCUGUCGAAGCCUCCCCGGCCGCCGAAGCCCCUGUCGAAGCCUCCCCGGCCGCCGAAGCCCCUGUCGAAGCCUCCCCGGCCGCCGAAGCCUCUGCUGCAGCCCAAGCUGGUCCUGUUAUCGAAGCCUCCCCGGCCGCCGAAGCCCCUGUCGAAGCCUCCCCGGCCGCCGAAGCCCCUGUCGAAGCCUCCCCGGCCGCCGAAGCCCCUGUCGAAACCUCCCCGGCCGCCGAAGCCCCUGCCGAAGCCACCUCUAAUGCCCCAGCUGUGGAGACCUCCCCUGCUCUACAGGCUGCAGCUGAAGUCCCAGUAGAAACUGCUCCUGUAGGAGCACUGGCUGAACCCGUGACAGUGGCUCCAGUAGAAGUUGUCCCAGCUGAAGGUGCUACAGAAGCCCCCGUGGAAGCCACGGUAGAGGCUGUGGCAGAGGUUGUAGCUGAACUGGCCCCAGUGGAAGCUACGGCAGCAGAGGAGCUGGUUGACACCGCCCCUGUAGUGUCCGAAGCUGCAGGAGAGGAGCUGGUUGCCGAGGCCCCAGCUGAGGCCGAACCAAUGGAGUCAUCUGAGGGUCAUCUCGACCCAAUCCAGAAGCUCUUCCUUGAUUCAAUCCGCGAGUACUCGUCCAAGAGCAAGCUCAGUGGCGGUUUGGUUGAUGCAGGUCCUGCAUAUGAGAAGAAUUUAGCAGAAGAGCUGACUAAACUCCAGAGAUUAUACGGAGGUGGAGACCUCACAGCUUUUCCAAAGUUCAAGUUCACAGAGCCUAAGCUGGAGGAAAUCGCCCCGAAGUAAACUCCACCAAUCAACUUUUCUACUGUUAGUUGUUUCCGAUGCGUCUGUAUUCUGUGUUGUGCAUUACUAAAGAUAAAAUCAAUGCUACAGUAAUGUCCAUCAGUUCUGUACAUCGGGAGGUAGAUCUGUCUGUACAUCUAGAAAUUCUUUGCUAAUUAAUACCUGCGUUGGAUCGUCACUUUGUAGGACAAGAUACGGCAUUGCUUUGAGCUGUGAAAUAUGCUUUUGCAUACAAUGAUGGUCAAUACAUUUGGAUAGAAAAUGAUCGAUGAUAAACUCAGAUCCAUGUUCUA